UUUUGUUUGACUUUUGACUACCAGUUUGACAUAUUAGUACGCACCGUAUAUUGCUUUGCAUUGUUAAUUUGCACAAAGAAUUUGGCUUAUAGAGCGAUUUUAUAAUUCAAGAGUUAUGUGAGAAACUAUAAAAAUAUGGCAUUCCUUUGUCCGGUUAGAAUUCGAAGGGGUAAGAAGAAAAAAUCAAACAGUGGUGAUUCGGAUAAAGAAUUAUCAAGACCUGGCUCCGGACUGAGUCCUGGUAUGGGCAGGAUUACUGGAUCAGCAAGUAUUGAAACAUUAGUCCGAGUUGGUAUAGAGAAGGAACAUGGACUCAGCCCUGAUUCCAAAAUGGUGGUGCUUCAUGACUUCGCGCCUUGUGUUGAUGAUGAAUUAGAGGUAAAGCGUGGCCAAAUAGUAAAUGUAUUGUAUCGAGAGAAUGACUGGGUGUAUGUGAUAGUUGCGGAAUCUCGACGCGAAGGGUUCAUACCACAUUCAUAUUGUGCUCCAUGUGAACAUCAUGAUUUGAAGAAGAAGUUGCCGAGAAGCAGAUCACCAACUGAUUUAGCACACAGAGAUGUUUCACAACUGUCUUUAUCAGAUGGUGCAACAAAUGAUGGUCAUUCCGAGUUGGGAAGUGAAGGGGAAGCGUGUCCCUUCAGUAAAGACCCCUCCGGACGCUAUGUGGUGUUGUACACAUUCACAGCACGGGAUGAGAACGAUGUUGAUGUUGAGAGAGGGGAAUUUGUUACAGUUUUAAACAGAGAAGACCCAGACUGGUACUGGAUUGUGAGGAGUGAUGGUCAGGAAGGCUUCAUACCUUCAGGUUUUGUGUAUCCAGCUGUUAGUCAAGCAACACAACAAGAGAAUGCUCAGCCAGUGCACUCGCCGACGACAAACGCGAACAACACGUUGUUGUCGAACACAACCCUCAACAACACGACGCAGGAUGCUGACGGACGCUACCACGGAACUGAACUAGUCAUGUUGUACGACUACAAGGCGCAGGCGCCAGACGACCUGUCGGUGAAGCGAGGUGAGUGGGUAUACGCGGAUCUGACGCAGCAGACGGUGGAGGGCUGGCUGUGGGCGCACGCGCCUAAGUCGCGGCGCUCCGGCUUCAUUCCCACCGCGUAUGCGCGCGCACCGCACACCACUUCGCUCUGAAUUACACAAAUUUUACUUAAAACUAAACAUCCCUCAUCCCUUAUAGGUUUCUCGUUCUGACCAAUGCCCAUUUACAAGUUUCUUCACGGACACUUGCUUCAAUAUUAUUGUAUACUAGCUGUUGUUUGGGAUUUUGCCCGUGUAAAAUGAAAAUAACAGUAAAAAGUGUAGCCCUUGUUCU